AUGGCAGUAUUGACUAUCUCUCCUACUUUUAGAUAUCAGGAUUCUGAUAAUGCAAAGGAAUUACUUGCAAACCUCAGCGGUACCGAUAAAGAAAACCGAAGAUGGGUUGCUCGGGAAAUUCAAAACGUUGAUAUACAAAAUUAUGAAAAGUUAUUAAGUGACAAAGCAGUUGUGAAAUAUUUCAGUCUAGAAAGGCCAUGGACGAGUGAUGGAAUUAAGGCUCGAUUAAAGAAUUGGGAAAACCGUUAUAAGGAAGGGCAUCCACAUGGUGCACUUACUAUAUUUGAUGAACAAAAUCAUUUUAUUGGAUAUAUUAUAGCCGGGGAAGGAAAUGAAGAGGGUGUUUCUGAAGUAGCUUAUGUAUUAUCUCAUGAAUAUUGGAAUAGAGGUAUUGGUCAAUCAGCUUUAAGUAAAAUUGUUGAUGAUUGGGGCACAGAAGUGCGUAAAAUUGGUUUAGGUAAAGGAAUUGAGAAAUUGGGUAAACAACAUCAAAUGGUCGAAAAAAGAUUCCAAUGUUUUAAAAAAAAAGCAUUAAAACAGUUUUACGCUUCGGUUAGACCUAUUAACAUUCCAUCCUGGCAUAUUCUUGAGAAAGUUGGUUUUACAUAUGCGAAAUCUGCGGUAGAAAAUGCUGAUGAUCCAAUUGAUUUUAAUAUUAAAGGUUUUGAUUUACCUUCGUUAGAUCAUUACAGUCAACUUGAAUCUUUCAUUGAAGAACUUUACAAAAAGCAGGAGAUAAAAGUUGAUAAGCGCUAUUUUAUGAUUAAUGAUAAUGAUAAAAUAUAUACGUUUAAUAGAAUGUCCGACGGUAAAAUAAGAUUUCAUUAUGAAAAAGAAAUUUGUUAA